AACAAGGAAACAAGAUCGCAUUGAAUCGCGGCCCAUGGGUCCCCUGUUAUUAUCGUGGGUUGGGCCUUUAUCUACUUCUCCAAAAAACCCCAGGGGUGGGUGCUGGUGUAUUUUUUUUUAAACAGUGAGACUUGAGCUCGGUGGAAUGAGGUGUUUUUAAACAUGUCAGGUUUAUUAGGAGCAAUCUGCUGAGUUGGCACAAAAAGCUUGAAGAGCUGCUUUAGGUGAAGUCACUGGAAGUUCCGCAGAGGAAUGCUCAGAAAAGGAAGGUCCCUCUCAUACCAGGAGUUCAAUGAUGAGGAUGAGGAUGAUGACGGGGGGCGAGAUGAAGAUGAAGGCAACGCACCGUCUCCAGUCUUUUUUGAUGAUGCCACUGAAGACCCGGAGCAUGAGAAGCCUGAUAGCAGCAUCUCACAAAGUACACAGGAUGACGUUAGGGGGACCAAUCCACCUAUGAGAUUCAGUAAAAGCUGUCUGAAGAAUUUCUUCACGGUGGUGCUCAUCUUCAUCUACCUGCUGCUGACUGCGGUGGCAGCAUUCCUGGCCUACCAGACGAUCUCUGACUUCUUGGAGAAACUAAACAACCCCGUUAUGUCCGUCAUUUACAAAGAGGUUGACUCAUUUUCAUCUCCUGGCAUAGCUCUGUACCCCGGCAAAGCCCAGCUGCUCAGCUGUAAACAUCACUACCAUGACUACAUCCCACCUUUAGUGGACCCCGGCAAGCCUCAAGAAGUAGACUGUAACAUAACAGAAGUGAUCUACUUUGGGCCAUUCGUGAACGAAACAGAGAAAAAAGCUCUGGUGGUCCGUGGGCCAUCUGACGUCCGUAACAAAGAACUGAUCUUCAUGCAGUUCAGUCGCAAUGAAACAGAGGAGGACUUCAGUGCCAUCAAUUACAUGCUUUUUGCCAAGUUUAGUGACUUGAUUGACAGUGCAAAUAAAUCCGAGUUUAUGAGGGACUGUGAGAGGAAUUACUCCAUGUGGACCUUCUCUGGAGGCUUCAGAACAUGGGUCAAAAUGUCAUUAUUGACAACAUCUGGUGUAAAAAAUGAAGCCGUCGAGUUUCGACAAGAGUCUUCUGUGGUGAAAUUCAACGAUAAAAGGCCUGAAGGGGCACAAACCGAUCAGCUCUACUUUGCCGUGUUUGAGUGGCGAGAUCCUUUUAUGCAGGAAAUCCGACUGAUAGUGACUGCGAAUGCCUGGAGCUCUAUAGCCAUCCUCUGUGGGGUCUUCAUGGCUCUCUUCAAAGCUGCCAAUUUUGCCAAACUCACUAUUAAGUGGACUAUCAAGAUGCGCAAGAGGCAUCUGAGGAAUAAAGCACGGGAACUGAACCAUCUAACCUGAAACACUUUGCAGACAAGACACAAUCUUACAAUAUCCAAACUCUAAGAUCUGAUGGAGCUGAGCUUUAUUCUCACACAGCUGCUUUUUCCAGGUCACUACAGGCACUGUUUUUGUAAUCAGUGGUGAGAAAUAUUAGCACUAGGGCAUGCUUAUGAAUUACAUUUGUAGAUGUUACUGCUUCUCUUUUAACAUGUAAGCUGGCAGUAAUAACUGAUUAUUACUAGAUUAUUGUUAUUGCUAGAUUCAUUUUCUUUAAGAGCCAAUAUUUAGUUACUGCAUUUCAAAAGAAGAUGUACUUCACAAACAUCUUCUAAAACGUCCAAUAAACACUGCGUUUGACACGCACACUCAAGAAAAUGUUGCUGAAAGCCAAGACACUUUUAAAACUUCUUAAAAGUUGUUUUUAAGUGUAAAACUGAGAAAAUGUGAACUUUUUUGUUAUAUCUUGGACUGGUUCAGUUCUGAAAGUGAUAAUACUAUUUUAAAGACUCUAAAGGGAUUUCUGAGAACCGUUUUUAAUUUGUAGUUUGUUUCUGUAGCACAUAUGUUCCAGCAGUGCUGCUGUUUUUCAUUUAGAUUCAUUUCAUCGUUAUGUAUCGAUAUGUUGAAAUCUUGCUGUUUAAAUGUAUUUGUUAGUUAUGUGUAAAAUUCAGUCUUUUACUGAUUUUUCAAAAUAAAUAUGUUUUUACUCUUGUA